UCCGUAAUCCGUAUUCUAAUUUCUAACCAUGAAUAGACCGUUCUAUUCAUAGUACAUAUUUUUUUUAAUUUUCAUUUUGUGAUUUAAUUCUUAAACUAUUUCAGAUAAAGUCGGUUUUACUACUAACACAUCGAAAGAUUCUUCUCAAUUAUUAUUUUAUAUUUAUUAUUUUCUCUUCAAAACAAUACAUAUUGUUUAACCAUUGUCCACUGAGUUUCUGAACUUCAAGAGAAUAAUGAAAUGCGCCAUUCUUAUCCUUGACAAAAAUAGAUUUAUAACCAGUAGUAGUCAAUUGACAAAAUGAGUUACCUAAGUAAAUUUUCAAGUAUCCUUAGACAUCCUUUGACCAGAGGAAUGGCUUCAUAUGGAGUUAUUUGGCCAAUAUCAAGUUUCAUACAGCAAACGUUCGAAGGCAAAAGUUUCAAUGAUAAUUCAUACGAUUGGUGGCGAUGUGCACGAUUUGGACUCUAUGGAUCUUGUUAUGUAGCUCCAACACUUUAUAGUUGGCUGACAAUAGCAAGUAUUAUAUGGCCAGCAAAUACUUUAAAAGCUGCAUUGAUUAAGACAUUAUGUGAAACUGUAACUUACACACCAUUUGCAAUGUGUAGUUUCUAUUUUGGAAUGAGCUUAUUGGAAUCUAAAACGUUUGAUGAAGCAGUGGAUGAGGUUAAAGCAAAGUUUUGGCCAACAUACAAGGUUGGUGCUUCUGUGUGGCCUGCAGUAGCUGUAAUGAAUUUUUGGCUUAUUCCUCCCGCUAAUAGAGUACCAUUUAUAAGUGUAUGCAGCCUUAUAUGGACAUGUUUCUUAGCCUAUAUGAAACAUUUAGAUAAAGAGGAGGUUCCUCAAACAUUUGUUCACCGAUCUGUUAAACUAUAAGAAUUUUUAUAUAUUUUUAGCAAGAUUUUUAGUCAAAUAUUUAGGCAAAUUUAUAAUGACAUAUAAUGUCAAGCAUAUUUUAUUAUAAUAUUAUCAUUGUUAUUAAAUAUUAAUAUAUUAUGUAUAUGAUACAUACCAUUACUUUAAAGUGUGAUAUUAAGUUAUUAAUUAGAGUAUUAUUAUUUUUGUAUCACAAAUAAAAGCUUUUAUAUUGUAAAGCACAAAAAUCACAGUAUUUUAUAUAAAAAUAAUUUAUGAUAAUCUACCUCUUAUAUAAAUGUUAUAUGAUGUGUGAUAAUCAGCUAUAUUAUAAUGUUAAGAAAAAUAAUUAAAAAAAAUGUUACAAUACCUAAAAUAAAUAUUUACCAUUUGUUUUACAAAAAUAAUUCAUAUCUUAUAGGUAUGUACGUGUGUAUACCUGCCUAUUUUAUAACUUCCUCAAUUUACUUAUCGUCCUGCAAUUUAGUUUUUUAUUAUAAUAUGAUAUUGUAUGCUGAAAUGCUAUGUUAACAUGUAGUCUCGUUGUUGGAAGAAUGUAUAAGUUACAUUAAACACACACACAGAAAUGUAAAUGAAAUACUUUAAAUAAUUAGUAGAUGCGUUUAUAUAUGUAUUUUCUUUAUCACUAUUCAUAGAUUUGAAUAAACCAUUCCACAAAUGA